AUGUCUCCGUCAACACCAUUGCCGGAGGCGGACAAGCAGGAGAACUUCGCGGUCAACGAGCAGUCCACACGGACAUCCUCAACAGUCGGAACAGAGACAGAGAAGAAGGACCUUUCGACCGAAAAUGGCGGGAUUGCUACCGAUGAAGAAGCUGUGAAUAAAGCAUCUGCAUCGCAGGAUACCGGAGACUACCCGUCCGGUGUCAAUCUCGCAUUCAUCGUGGUUGCACUCAUCACCGACAAGUUCAAGAGCAUCAACGAUAUCUCAUGGUACGGUUCGGCUUACUUCAUGAUGAUUGGAGGCUUCCAGUCAAUGUGGGGCAAAGUGUACAAAUAUUUCCCCCUCAAGAUCAGCUUCUUGAUGGCCAUUUUCAUCUUCAAACUGGGGAGUCUGAUCUGUGGUGUCGCCCCAAACUCACCGGCCCUCAUUGUUGGACGUGCCAUCGCUGGUGUCGGGGGUGCGGGUGUCGGAUCGGGAUCGUACACGAUUAUUGCCUUCGCUGCGGAGCCCAAGAAAAGAGCCACUUUAACUGGGGUCAUUGGUGCCUUAUAUGGUCUCGCGGCGGUGAUUGGACCACUCAUCGGCGGGGCGUUUGCGGAUACAGUUUCCUGGCGGUGGUGCUUCUAUAUUAAUCUCCCAAUCGGUGGUUUGGCCGCGGGUAUUAUUUUUCUCUUCUUCCGGACGCCUCCAGUCGCAAAACCGGUCGAGGCUUCGCUUAAAGAGAAGCUUCUACAAAUGGACCCCCUUGGCACCGCGCUCAUGAUGGGUGCAGUCAUCUCCUUUCUUUCAGGUCUUCAUUACGGGGGUACAACGAAGCCGUGGGAUUCCAGCACCGUCAUCGGCUUACUCGUCAGCUGUGGUCUCAUGCUGAUUGCCUUUGGUAUUCUGGAAUUCCUUCAAGGUGAACGCGCCAUGCUGACACCGCGCCUGAUGCGCAAGAGAAACGUCUGGCUGAACGGAGUAUAUGGAGCCUUCUUCGCUGGCUCGUACUUUAUUCCGCUAUAUUAUCUGCCCAUUUAUUUCCAAAGCAUCGGCAAUAUCACUCCAAUUGGUUCGGGUGUGCGGAACUUGCCACUUAUCAUCGCGUUCACUAUUGCCACCGUUGCUUCAGGCGGUAGCAUCUCGAAGACGGGCAUUGCAACUCCACUAUUGCCAGUCGGCUCUGUAAUCGCGACGAUCGCUGCGGGUCUCCUGUAUACCCUCGAUAUUGUCUUCCAAACGAUCGGCGGCGCAGCUCUCAUCGGAGCCGCGCAAGCUGGCUUCGUUAAUCGGGUUUUGAACAAGCUUUCCAGCACCGCCCCAGGCGUGAAUCCAGCGGUAGUGGUGGCUGCCGGCGCUACUAAGCUGCGCAACUUAUUUUCGGGAGACGACCUGCAUGGUGUCCUUGAUGCGUACAUGGCAGGUAUCAAGGUUACUUUCGCAAUUACGAUCGGGGCCGCCUUCUCUUGGCCGCUAAAAGGCUACGGUCCUCAGGUUGAUAGCUGGAAAGCAGCGAGCUUGAAGGACAACAUGGCAGACUCUGCCAGCGAAACCUAUGACAACGAGGCUGAUGGCUAUUGCCGGGGGGAUGGGGUGGUAACAGUUAUCCUGAAGCGCGUUGAGGAUGCUAUAGCUGAGAAUGAUCCCAUCCUGGCCGUUAUCCGAGGGACGGCCACGAAUCACAGUGCCGAUGCCGUUUCCAUCACGCACCCGCACGCUGACACUCAGGAGUAUCUGUUCCAGAAGAUCAUGGAUGAUGUCGGCGCCGACCAGUGCGAGGUGGACUACGUAGAAAUGCAUGGCACAGGAAACCAGGCGGGCGACAGCAUUGAAGUUCAGUCCGUCACUAAUGUAUUUGCCCCUCAUGGGCCACAACAACGCACCCGCCAGCAACCACUAUAUAUAUGGUCUGCUAAGGCCAACAUAGGCUACGGGGAGCCUGUUUCCGGCGUUUAA